AGAAAUCAAGUUGAUGUUGAUUCGCUUAUGCUGGAGCUUGAUGGAACUCCAAAUAAGUCAAAAUUGGGGGCUAAUGCAAUACUAGGAGUGUCUCUGAGCGUAUGUAGGGCUGGUGCUGGAGCAAAAGGAAUGCCUCUUUACAAGCACAUACAAGAAUUAUCAGGAAUUAAAGAGCUUGUUAUGCCCGUUCCUGCUUUCAAUGUGAUAAAUGGUGGCAGCCAUGCCGGCAAUAGUCUUGCCAUGCAAGAGUUCAUGAUAUUACCAGUAGGAGCAACCUCAUUUGCAGAGGCUCUCCGCAUGGGUAGCGAAGUUUAUCAUGUACUGAAGGGAAUUAUCAAAACGAAAUAUGGACAAGAUGCAUGCAAUGUUGGAGAUGAGGGUGGAUUUGCUCCCAAUGUUCAGGAUAAUAGGGAAGGAUUGGUAUUGCUCGUAGAUGCAAUUGAAAAGGCUGGAUUCACAGGAAAGGUAAAGAUAGGAAUGGAUGUUGCAGCUUCAGAGUUUUUCACCAAGGAUGGGAAAUAUGAUCUCAAUUUCAAGAAACAACCAAAUGAUGGUGCUCAUGUGCUUUCAGCUCAGAGCCUUUGUGACCUAUACAAGGAAUUUGUCAAGGAUUUCCCUAUAGUUUCUAUUGAAGAUCCCUUUGAUCAGGAUGAUUGGAGCUCAUGGACUUCUCUACAGUCUUCAGUUGAUAUUCAGAUUGUAGGUGAUGACCUGUUGGUCACAAAUCCAAAGAGAAUAGCUGAAGGAAUUCAGAAGAAGGCGUGCAACUCUUUGCUAUUGAAGGUGAACCAGAUUGGUACAGUAACUGAAUCUAUUCAAGCAGCUCUUGACUCGAAGGCUGCAGGAUGGGGUGUGAUGGUCAGCCACCGAAGUGGUGAAACAGAGGAUAACUUCAUUGCAGAUCUUUCUGUUGGCUUGGCUAGUGGACAGAUCAAAACUGGAGCUCCUUGCCGAAGUGAGCGGUUGGCCAAGUAUAAUCAGCUUCUUCGUAUUGAAGAGGAACUUGGAGAUGUUUGUUAUGCUGGCGAAGCCUUCAGAGCACCUUAAAUCUUUUUGUUGAAGAAUAACAAGUAAUGGAUCCAAUUCUCACCUUAAAUCUUUUUGUUGAAGAAUAACAAGUAAUGGAUCCAAUUCUCAUCACGAAACAAAAUUAACCUGAGCUAUGAGUUUGGCUAGGUCUUUGGAAAAUCUAGAGAAGUCAUUUGUAAAAUCCAUUCGGCUUAGGCGUUAGAAAGCCUUCUUAUUUUCAAUUGUUGUCAUUGAAUAAAGAUUUCUUGUUUUAGUGUUCUUGUGGAUCUGGUAUGAAUGAGUGUGUCACUAUACCUCCAGAGAUGUAAACCGUUACGUUAGUUACUUUUUAUUGGCUUCCAAUGAAAACUUUGUUGAAUUCUUUGUAAUGA